AUCGGGACGAUGACACUGUUAAACUAGACAGAACCGCACCAACUGCAUAGGACGAUCUCUUAUCUAGCUGUUCAAGGAUUGUUUUCCCACGAUCAUUUCGUCACAUUUUGCCAAAAUGUCGACCCCAGCGGAGGUAGCAAUGGCGGGCGGGUUUACCUACGGCUUAACAGAUAUAGAUGGCGUUGUUGAAAUGACUUUAAUCGCAGACAACUUAAGAAAUAUGAAGUCUUUUCGCCUCCGGGAAGAUGACAUACUUUUGUGCACAUACCCUAAGUCAGGUACACACUGGACUUGGGAGAUCCUCAACAUGAUCGUGGCAGGCAAGGCCGAGUACACCAAACACUGGCAGAAUUCAGCCUGGCUGGAAUACAGGACGGAGGAAGAACUGGAGACACUGGCAUCACCGAGGAUAUUCCACACACAUCUGCGUCCAAGGCAGCUGCCCGAGUCGGUGUGGAAGCUGGGGUGCAAGAUUGUGUUUGUCCAGAGGAACCCCAAGGACUGUGUUGUGUCCAGCUUCUGUCAGGAGAGCAGCCAGAUGUGGACAGAUGACGCCAGAGACACGGUCUGCUUUACAGGGUCAUGGAGUGACUUUCUGUCUUUGUAUCAGGAUGGUUGUGUUGUUUUCGGAUCGAUUUUCGAUUAUAUUCUGGAUUGGAACAAAGCGGCUGAGCAAUUCAACAUCUGCCAGGUUCAGUAUGAAGAUAUGAAAAAGAACUGCUCGAAAGAGAUAAGAAGAAUGGCUGAAUAUCUUGACCGCCCUCUGCCGGAGAAGACGUAUGUGGAAAUAGCAGAGGCGUGUUCCUUCAGCAACCUGAAACACGCCAACGAGAAGAUCAAGGAUCAGACCUAUCACUUCCAGUGGCAACAGGGAACUAGUGGAUACUUCAGAAAAGGGAAAUCCGGAGGCUGGAGGAACUGGUUUACAGUGGCACAAAGCGAACGGUUCAACGAAAUAUACAAAUCAAAGUUCAACAAACCUUUCCCCUACUGAAUUACACGUCCGGGAUGUGUGCACAAACGACCUUCGUGCGCUAAGGACAGUCUCAGGUUUCUGUCAGCUGGAAUGUAACACGCAUACAAAUAGUGGCUGUUCUAUAAUCAGAUUCAGAGGAGGGGCUAGGAAAUAUUACUUAUGAACAGGUGUGUGAGUUGAGCCUAAAGAUGGACGAUACCAAAUGAUAUAUACGUAUACAUAAAAUAACUGAGGAUAUUAUCCAAAUAAGCCAUGGCUUCUUAAUGCUUGUCUACCCAACCGUAUUACGAGCCAUGUACAAUUGAUCUCAACUGUGUAAAAUACUCUUAAAACUUAAUGCGAGUUACAUUUCUGACGAAAUUCAUGGGAGGGUUAUUAACGGUCACAAAACUAGUUUUAGACAAACGGAUACUAAAUGUACGAAGCCUUGCAGUGAUAUCAACGAAUAUUCGCCAUAUUCCAUAAUUAUUUCGAAUUGGGCACGUUUGAAUGAGUUCUGGGCAGUUUGUGGCGCGCAGUUUUGUGUUUUGAGAUUCGAUUAUUAUUUUCAUGCUGCUAUCGAAAUACCACAGAAGACAAAUGUUAAUAAUAAUAAAUGGUGUUUUGCUUUAGUA